AUGUGGCAAGCACAAGAAGACCUGAGCUCACCCAACACCUCCACCUUCGGCAGCCACGCGAGCAGCUGCAAGGCUGCUGCCAACAGCCUGGAGGAGGUGAGCCGGGCAGGGGCCGUGGGGGUGCACCCCCAGAGGCUGGGGGGGGCCACUCCCCUCGUGGUCCUGGAGGACGCCCGUUCACACCUCAUCAGUAACCUUGACGACCACAUCACUGCCCAGGAGAAGUUUUCAGCCAGCUACUGGCUAGAGGGUGAGAAGCAGCUGGGCAGCACCUUUAGCACCUUCUCUGCCCUCUGAGAGCUGCUGACUGUCAGGAGCCUGUGUCUGUUCAAGCAUGUGCCCGUGAGGGAACCUGCUCCGGCGAGCACGCUGGUGUGCAGUGUGCGGGGCGCCAACACCAAGGAGAAGCACCAACUGGCGAAGCAGCAUGGCAUGGUGUGGAGCCAGAUGAGUGGCAAGGAGAUCGCUGAGGAGACGGAGAAGAUUGACCUGCUGCAAAACGACAUCAGGCACUGCAGCUCACAGUUUUUUUUUCAGGAAUGUUUAAACACAAUGGCAAAACUUUCUAAGUUUACAGAAAAGCUCACCCCAGAGCUGCAGGAUGAGGAGAAGCAGAUGUGUGCCGUUGGGAAUCAGCUGAAAAUGGCAUUGCAGCUGGAGCAAAAAGAGGACCCUGGGAACAAGCAAGCAGGGUACAACAUGCACCAGCCGCAAGAGAACAAGCAGUACGGCACGGAGAAGUCAGGGAUUCUCUUCAAGAAAAGCCAUGGGUUGAGGAAAGUCUGGCAGAAGAGGAAAUGCACCAUCAGCAAUGGCUACCUAAUAAUCUCUCACAGCAUGCACGACCACCUGCCAGCAAAGCUGAAUUUACUGACCUGCCAGGUGAAGCCGAACACGGAUGACAAGAGAUGCUUUGAUGUGGUUUCCUACAGCCGCACGUACAGCUUCCUGGCAGAGGACGAGCAGGACUGUGUCACCUGGGUGUCCGUCCUCAGCAACAGCAAGGUGGAGGCGCUGAACGUGGCCUUCAGCAAGACACGGGGUGGAGGGGAGAGUAACCAGCAGGAGCUGACGCGGGCCAUCAUUGGGGAAGUCAGAGGCAUGUCCGGGAACAGGGAGUGCUGCGACUGCUCAGCCCCAGAUCCCUCUUGGCUUUCCAUCAACUUGGGCAUCCUGAUCUGCAUCGAGUGCUCUGGGAUUCACAGAGGGAUGGGUGCACACCUCUCCCACAUCCAGUCACUCUCUCCAGACAAGCUGGCAAGCUCUGAGUUACUGCUGGCAAGGAAUAUUGGCAACUCUGGUUUCAAUGACAUCAUGGAAGCAAAUCUCCCCAGCCUUUUCCUGAAGCCUGCAGUGCACAGCGACACGGCCUAUCGGAAAAAUUUCAUCAUUUCCAAGUAUGUUGAGAAGAAAUAUGUCAAGAGGAGCCCUGCUGCUCGGUGCUCUGGCCUCCAAGAAGCCGUGAAAGACAAGGACAUAUUUACUUUGCUCCAAGCAUAUGCAGAGAACAUGGAUUUGAGCGAGCCUGUGCUGGCCCCUCUGCAGGAACCUGGGGAGACUCUUCUCCACCUGGCAGUGCUGUUGUCUGAUCGAACCUCUUUGCAUAUUGUCGACUUUCUUGUCUGGAACAGCGGGAGCCUGGCAAAGCAGAUGGCAGAGGGGAACACGUCGCUUCACUACUGCUGCCUGCACAACAAACCCGAGAGCCUCAAACUGCUGCUGAAAGCCAAUGCCAACAUCACCAUUGCUAACAAAGCGGGAGAGACUGCCCUGGAUGUUGCCAGGAGGAUGAGACAUCCCUUGUGUGAAGAGCUGCUGCUGCAGGCCCAGAGCAAUCAGUUCAGCCCCCAUGUCCGCGUGGAGUACGAGUGGUGCCUGGGCCAAGAUGAUAUGUAUGAGAGCGAUGAAGACCUCAACAAGAAGCUGAGUCUUGUGAAGAAGGGGUCUGCCUGUUCCCGGAGCUGCUACCACCCCCCUGCUGCUGCACCCAGGCUGGAGGCAGCCGGGGCAGUGCCCCGGGGGGGGGGGCAGGGUGGCAGGCUGAGGCAGUGGGUCGCACAGCACGACCCUUUGGUGGGAGAGGAUGAUCAGCCCAACUGUGUCACAGGUGCCCUGGAAGCCAUGGAUCCCCUCUGCCUGCCUGGCCCACACCAAUCUCUCCAGGAGCCAAAUCCGCAUUCUGGCCGUGCCUGGGUUGUACCACCUCUUCCUCCUUGGAGCAGUUCGGACAGGCUGCUGCUCUGCAGGGUCUGCGCUCUCUACGACUGUGAUGCUGACCAGGAAGAUGAGCUGACUUUCCGCACAGGAGAGAUCAUUGUGGUGUCUGAAAAGGAGGACAGCAACUGGUGGAAAGGGUGGAUUGAAGGACAGCCUCACAGGCAAGGUGUCUUCCCCGCUUCAUUCGUGCACGUGCUCAGCAUGUAG